GGCCCUCGAAAACUAGAGCAGUACGUACCUUUGUCGGGAUGGUGAGGAUUUGGCCAGCUCGCUUCUCUUUUUUUACUGGAGUCUUGUCAACCUCCCAAGCGGCCAAGCCAAGGUCUGCGGCCUGUCGCUCAAGAUUUUGUCUCGCACUCUUUUUUCGAAUCUUGAACUCGCAGCCGCAGCACGGGCCAAACGUCGGCCAUCCUUGCCCGUCCAUCUGUCUUGGACCCCUGCGCUCGCCAGCCAGGCAAGUAAGGCCUUUUGCGGCUUUGCCAAUGCCCCAUAGCUCGCUGCCUCUCCUGGCUUGGCCAAGACAGCACACAACCUGUUCUCACUUCUCAGGUGUGCGAGUUGUCUCUUUUUUGCAAGGAACAGCGCUCCGAACUGGAGCACGGUAUCCAUAACUAUGCAAGCACGCAGGAGGUCAAUUAGAUG